UUUUGUUACUCUCUUGAUACCAAAUGUCUUGAGAAUUUGCCCUGUUUUUCUUUUGAACAAAAGUCUUUUUAAAGCUGAUGAGGCAUGACGGAAAUGACGAUUCUUUGUGUGCUAUUAUGCACUCUCUUUAUUUGCUAGACUUCGGGUCUUGUUCUAUGUUCAUUGUUGUUUUAUUUUUUCACGUUUUUAAUUUGCCAGUCUUUUCUUUCCAUGUUUCUUCCCCAUACUAUGUACGUUUGGAGGAUAAUCCCCGGUUGGGACAACAUAUGGACGGCACCAUGUCAUUUACUUUUGCUCUACUUCUUUUUAUUUCCUCUCUUUGCGAGACGGCAUGUUAGCACACAUCACUUCGGCUUCGAGAAUCGACAUUUGGGCGUUUUAGGGCAGCAUGCGAUGGCAACUUUGUUUUUCCAUCCUCUUUUUUCUUCUUUUCCCCUAGGGCGGGCAUGCAUCAUUUCACUUGCGAGGCAGGCAUGGAAUAAGACGUUUACUUUGUCAAUUUGUAGUAGUACGAUUUCUACCUAUCUUUGUCUCUCUCAGCUAAAAACGCUCCGAACUCGUCGAACAUGUGCAUUUCGAAGAUGUCAUGUAUUUUGCGACGAACAUUAGGGGAAGGAAAGGGUAUCUAAUAAUGCUUAGGGGGGUUUGAUCAUGACGAUCAUCACAAGGGGGCUUGUAUAUAAAGAUACAGAAGCUGGAGUGCUGAGAAAA